UUCUCUUAGAUCGAUAGAUAAUAACCUACACUAAUCACUAAAAUAAAAGGUUUUAACUUUUUUUAUUAUACCCAUUUCACUACUUCACCAGCAUACGUCUCCGCCUCCGACAGCAGUUUGCUUUUGCCGCCGCCUGUAGUUGAUCGAAUCGGAAGUAUCUGAUGACCUUCACUGUAUCCUCUGCAGGACGUCUAGAGAAAAGAAGUUGUCUUCCUCAAGUGCUUAUUCUGUUUUGACGAUGGAUAUCACUGUAAAUGAGCUAACUAGAAGGGAAAAAGCUGGUCAGAAUCAUCACAUCAGGAGUGAUUCGGCUGCAUCAACACCAAAAAAUCAGCAGGAAAAGGCUCAGGCUUUCUUGAGUUGUUCUGCUGUGAAGGUUGGUGAGAAGAGACAGAGAGACGAGUAUGCUGCUGAGAUUUGCAACACCGACGAACAGAACAAUAGAAGAGGUUCCAAUGAUAAUGGAUGUGCAGAAAGAGGAGAAGAGUCUGUACAAUGUGCUGCUCCAAAGUUUAAAGACUUUGAUAAGCUGAGGGCAGAUGCAAACUUUGCGGUUGGACAGAGUUGGGCUCUUUAUGAUGCAGCGGAUGGGAUGCCUAGAGUGUACGCUCAGAUCAGAAAAGUUUCAGCUCCUUCCUUUGGGCUUAGGAUCACAUACUUAGAGCCGGAUCCAAAAGAUGAGAAAGAGAUCAAAUGGUUUGAAGAAGACUUGCCUGUUUCCGCUGGUAAGUUCAGACUCGGAAAAAACGAGAACAUUAAAGACAUUUCCAAAUUCUCUCAUCUCAUCAAAUGCAAUGAAGGAAGCAGCACUGGUCACUUCACUGUCUCCCCAAGAAAAGGAGAGACUUGGGCCCUGUUCAAGAACUGGGACAUCAACUGGUCGUCAGAGCCAGACUCUCACCGCAGCUACGAGUACGAGUUUGUAGAGAUCUUGUCAGACUACGCUGAUAAAACUGGUGUGUUUGUCUCAUACUUGCAUAAAGCAAAAGGGUUCGCAAGUGUCUUCUUCCGAACGGGAACUGGUCCUGCAGACAUCUUCCGUAUCAACAGUCUGUAUCGGUUCUCCCACAUGGUUCCUUCCUUCAAACUGACUGGAACUGAAGCAAAAGGUUUGCCAAAAGAUGCUUACGAGCUGGACCAAGCUGCGUUACCAAAAACAAUCCAAGAGGUUAUGGUGCCUUCAGAGAGUGAUAGUAAGCCCAAACGCCGAGACAUCUACUUUGCUAGCAAGGGGAAGGUGUUUCAGACCGGUCAGAUCUGGUCAUUUUGCAGUGGCUAUGAUGAUUUGCCUCUGUACUACGGUAAGAUACAAAAGAUCAGUUUCACUCAGGCGUUUAAGAAGGAGCCACUGUUUAAACUACACGUAAGCCGUCUAAAGGCAACCACUCCUUUCCCUGAGGGUGUUAUCGAGUGGAUAGACAGAGGAAUGCCUGUUGGUUGUGGAACUUUCUACGCAAGAAAAGCUCUCGAGAUAAUCAGCCCUAGUCAGGUUUCACAUCAGGUGAUCCCCCAAGUCUCCUUGGAUGGAAAUGAAUACACCAUUCUCCCCAAGAUUGGUGAGGUCUGGGCGAUAUACAGAUACUGGAGCUGUCACAUUGAUGUUGAGGAUCUGGAGUUUGGUCUUUAUGACAUUGUGGAAGUUCUUGAUGACUCCUUGGAUGACUAUAAGGUUCAACUGCUGGUGCAAGAAUCAUAUCUUGAUGAUAAUGAGAAUUAUGAUAGGUAUUUUAAGGGAGCUACGGAGUAUGUGGACAACGAGGUGGAAGGGUCGGAACCUAUAUUUACCAUCCCAAAGUCAGAAAGGAACAGAUUCUCAAAUAAGGUUCAUGCUUUGCGUGUAACUAAAGAGAUACAGGGAGAGUUAAUGGACCUUUUCAGUAUGGAGUUCAAUGCGGUGCCUAUAAAUAUUCUACACAGUUGAACAAAGGAAGUGAGAAGAAGGAUUCCUUCUUUGUUUUUUUGGUGUUUUAGAAUCUUUAAGACUUACUCUAUGAUGUAAGGAUGUUCUUAUUUAUCAUAUGAUAGAGCAAGUAUUUGCAGAUUGUGACUACAUUUUUCCCUAUACUCAAAAGUUGUUUAACUA